AGAGCACGAGGGCGACAAAGAGGGAUCGGACUCGUCAAGUGAAGAUGACUCGGAAGAGGAUGAUAGUGAGGACGAAGUGGAAGAGGGAAUCUUGAAGCUGGAGGCGGACGACAGCGAUGCAGAUGGAGACAAAGGCGAGGAAGGAGAUGAGGCUGUCGCCAACUGGCCUGUGUUUGAAGAUGAUCCGCCCAUGUCAGUUGAACAAGUCAACACCAAUCCCAUCUUCGCCCCUGCCGAUAGACCCAACAAGAGCGCGUGUGUCCUUUGUCCAAGCAAGACAUUCAAGAAUGACCACAUGGCAACUUUGCAUCUCAAGUCAGGGUCUCAUCUGCGAUCGCUUAAACGGUGGCAUGCUGCACUAGAGAAUUACCAAAAACCUGGUCGUGGACCUCGACCUGAAGAUCCAAGAGUAAUCGUAGCGUUGAAUUUCCGAAAGAUUGAAACCCAGCGAGUGCUUGACAAGGCGCGGGAUAAAGCCAAUACGCAAGCCAAAGUGGCCGCUCGACGAGCCCGAAAAGUCAUCAAAAAAGCAGAACGAGAGGCUUACAAGGCGGAACAUCCCAAACCCAGUAAACAGCCGAAGGUGCUCAGUGAAUCGGAACAAGCAGCUUUGGAUGCCAGACGAGCCAAAAAGAAGCUGGAGACAGCAGCUAGGAAAGCAGUCAAGCAAGAACGGAAGGCUAAUCGAGAGAGGGAAAGACAACAAGCUUUCGCAGCCGGCAACCUCAAUGCCAAUUCAGUUCCCGUUGCCAGUGGAGGGUCUGGAAGUAGCAAGUAUGGAGCAGGCGCCUCCACGUCGAGAUCAUGGCGGGAUGGAGCUGCUGGAGGAUUGGCCAAGAAACGUGUCAGUCCCCGAAUGAUUCGAAAGAGAGCGAGGGAUGCCAAAUUGCUGGCGAUGGGUAUUGACCCAGCUGCGAAAACGGGAGACGAGGAGAUGUCUAGGAAGCUUCAAAAGAGGAAGAAGAAGCAGGAGAAACACGAGAAACAGUCAGCAAAGAGAAAGAUGAUGGCGGCUCAGAGGUUCAACAACAAGGGGUCCAGGAAUUGAGAGAGACUUUGGUGAACAUGAUUUUUGGGGAGCUCAGUAGACAAUUACUAUUGCUUCCACAAGGAGAUUGUACGAUAUCCCGCGCAUUGUAUACAUUUGUUGAAAGGCCUCGACCCUCCACUGUAUUCACUGCAAGAGAAUCACGUCGACACACUAGUACCCUACACUUUUGAGGUAAUCAGCAAGCUUAGUCACAACGACGUUGGCGUCUCCCGCUUGAGUC